UUUGUAAUUAGGUGUGAGAUGGAUUAAAUACGAACUGGAAUCCCUACUAGUUUUCUCUUGUUUGGCAUUUUUUUAAAAACCUGAAAGUAACAGCAGGAAAGUAAUGACAUUGUUUAUGUGAAUUUUGCUCUUCUUUUAAAAGUACUGUUGUUUACUUUCCAUGUAUAUGCUUCAGGUUUAUAGUGGAUGGGGGAAAUAAUCUGAUUAUGCAUUUUUUUAAAAUAAACACUCUAUAGAGAAAUGUAUUUUGAAACACUUCCUUCAGCUGUAUGAUAUCAACUGUGUAGCAAAGUGUGGAUUAUUAAACUCAAAAGGAUGUACAAGCCGUGGACAACUGUAAAUAUAAUCAUGUUUUCAUUUCUACAUCUGAUGCAAAGUUCUGAACAUGGAUCUGUAAAGGGAACAUCACUGUCUGCCUUGGAGUGGUCAGAACAACAGAUCAGGAAAGCUGCUAGUCUAGAAGACCUCCUGAAAAUUACCCAUUCUGAGGACUGGAAGCUGUGGAAGUGCAGACUAAAGCUCAAGAGUGUGGCCACCUUAGAUUCCAGAUCUCCUUCACAUCGUUCCACAAGAUUUGCAGCUGCUUUCUAUGAUAUUGAGAUGCUCAAAAUUAUCGACGAGGAGUGGCAAAGGACUCAGUGUAUGCCAAGAGAGACCUGUGUUGAAGUUGCCAAAGAGCUGGGAGCAACCACCAAUACAUUCUUCAAGCCUCCUUGUGUGAAUGUGUACAGAUGUGGAGGAUGCUGUAAUGAAGAGAGCUUGAGCUGUAUGAACACCACCACGUCCUAUGUUUCCAAAAUGCUGUUUGAGAUUUCAGUACCUUUAACGAAUGUGCCAGACCCCAUUCAAGUCAAAAUUGCAAACCACACAAGUUGUAAGUGUUUGACCAACAUUCAGCGCCAACCCUAUACUGUCAUUCGAAGAUCUGUCCAGUAUCCAGAGGAGGAUCGCUGCCCUCAGAUAAACAAGCCGUGUCAUGAAGGCUGGAUAUGGGAUGGCCGUAAAUGUGAAUGUGUGAUAGACGAAGAUCAUCCUGUCAGAAGGGAAGGACUCUCUCCACUUGCUGAACUUGCUCUGUGUCCACCAAAUAUGGACUUUGAUGAAGAAAACUGUGAGUGCGUCUGUAAGUGGAGGUGUGCUGGCAGUUUGUUUCAGAAUAAAGAGAACUGCAGCUGUUACUUGUGCACAGAAAGCCAAGAAAGCUGUUUUCAGAAACAUAAGACAUUUAAUGCAGAAACGUGCAGCUGUGAAGAUAAAUGUCCAUUCCAGUCCCGAAUGUGCCCAACGGCUCGGCCAGGGUGUUCAAGGCACUGCCGUUGUCUGAGAGGAGGAAAGAGUCCUUACGGGUCCCAAAGCAAAGAACAUCCUUAACUGAGAUUUUAUCUCCUGUAUCAAACUCUGCACUGCUUUGCAAAGUAGCUCUCCAUCACCGAAUGUUAGACUACAGUAAUCAUGGAUAUGACUAAUUUGACUGGCAGAAACAUAAAAUUCAGACUGUAUUCAUUCAGAAGAUGAUGUGUGGAUCUCAUGGCUAUUGUUAUCCAGUCUUAUACCUGGGCUACAGCAAAUCAUCCUUGCUCUAUAAAGGGCUACUGAAUAGAACCGAAAUCCAGUGCUGUUGUAUGGACAAGAAACUGUUAUGACUAUUAUCUUGCACCUUGGAAAUGCAAUAAAACUAAGUAAAACAAAACCAACCCAAAAACAAACAAACAAACAAAAGCCUUCUGAAUUCUCAAUCCAUAGGUAUUACUGGGUAUAGUUCUUUAAGGCAGGGGUGGCAAAGUGCAGUGCUCUUCAUGUCUUUGGACUGCAAUGCCCACCUACCCCAGCAAGCAUAGUUAAUUGUAUGCGGUGCUUGGAGUUGCAGACAAACAGCAUCUUGAAAAUCACCCUUUGUCCACCUCUGCUUUAGGGAGAUACAGAUGUGCCCCGCACAGCGAGGUCGCUAUGGGGAAACAUCACUAUACGGAAUGGAAAAUGCCAU